AUGGAGAAGAUAGAGUCGGAUUUGAAAGAGCUCGAGUUGAAGCAGAGGAGCGUGGCCAGGGCGUACGAUAGCGUACAUGCGCAAGCUAAUUCCUUCGUCAUCUUUACGGUGCAGUGGAAGGACCUUGAGGACCACUUUGAGUCGACUCGGAACUCGCUAGAGGCCUGCUUCCGAGAACUCGAGGCCCGGCAGGAGGAUAUCGGAGUCCGAGAGAGCAAAUCGGAACCCAAAGAUUGA